AUGAUUGAAGAAGAGAGGGUAGUCAAGACACCAGUGGCAAAGCAGCCACAACCCGUGGUUGCAAAGCCACCACCUCUAUUCCCUCAAAGUCUGUCAAGACAGAAAGAAGAGGCUACUUACAAGAAGUUUCUUGAUUUGCUUAAGCAGAUUCAAAACAGGUUACCAACUAAAUUGAAAGAUCCCAGAAGUUUCACGAUUGAGAUUUCUAUUGGGAAGCAGGUUGUUGCUCGAGCACUAUGUGAUCUUGGUGCAAGUAUAAAUUUGAUGCCUUCAUCUAUCUUCAGGAAGCUAGGUUUGGGAGUACCAAGACCAACCACUAUAAUUCUUCAGCUGGCUGACAGAUCGUUAGCAAGACCCGAAGGCAUUAUUGAAGAUGUAUUAGUGCAAGUGGGGUCGUUGAUAAUUCCUACAGACUUCGUGAUUUUGGACUUCGAGCCAGACCAGGACAUCCCGUUUAUUUUGGGGCGUCCAUUCUUGACCACAGGGAGAGCACUUAUUGAUGUAGCUGUUGGGCAGCUCACCAUGAGAGUGCAUGAUAAAGUUGAAGUCUUCAAUGUAUACCAAGCUCUGAAAAUGCAUGCAAUCUAUGAGGAGUUGUCCGCCAUUACUGUUCUAAAUGAUGAUACACGAAGGCCACUCAUCACUUCUCAUGAUCCAUUAUAA